AUGACCGGACAGCUGAAGAACGUCAUCAUUGUGGGUGCCUCGUGCGCUGGCAUGACUGCUGCUCACGAGCUGGCUUCCCGUCUGCCGGAGUCGUACCGCCUAAUUGUCAUCGAGGCAAACCACGUCGCCUUCUGGCCGAUAGGAGGGCUGCGAGCUUCAGUCGAACCUGGCUUCGAGGACAAGACCAUCGCCGAUAUCAACCCUAAGCAGUUCGGCGGCGAACACAUCACCUUGACCGGCACCCGAGUCGUUGAACUCAAGCCGAGCUCGGUCAUCGUCGACAAAGUUUCCGGCCUCGGACACAAGGUCGACGAUGAGCAUGAAGAGAUCUCUUUCGAGCAGAUCAUUCUAGCUCUGGGAUCAACUUACCCUUUCCCGUGCCGACUGCCUUCAGGUAACAAAGCCGACAUCCUCGCGGCUUUCCAAAAGAUGCAGAAAGAAAUCGAGGCGAGCCACGACAUCUUGAUCAAUGGCGCCGGUGCGGUUGGAGUCGAAUUUGCCGGCGAGGUGGUCGAACGUUAUGGCGAGACGAAGCAAAUCACGCUGGUCAACCGCACCGAUAGGAUUGCCGUGCCAAAGUCUCAAGAGGCCGUUUCCCACCGUCUGAAGCAGCAACUGGCGAAGCAUCCCAAUGUGACUUUGAUCCUGCAGGAUACCCUGAUCGAGGAGGUGCAGACGCGGAAGCUGCCAACCACCGAGACCUUGCACACGCAUGGAGGCAAGGUGAUCAAAGCCGACUUCACGUUGCAAGCGAUCGGCAACAAACCCAAUUCGGAUCUGAUCAAAGAUGAUGCUGUGCUUGACGACAAACGUCUGAUUCGGGUCAAUCAGUUCCUUCAAGUCACGCCUGCAGACCAGAGUCAGACCGAAUUCGACUGGUCUAGAUACUAUGCGAUCGGUGAUGUGUCGAACUUUUCAGCCAGAAAGACCGUCGUCGCUGCGGAACCUCAAGCCAAAGCAGCGGCGCACAAUGUUUUGGAAGCGAUCAAGGGCAGCCGGAACUACAAACAGGGCUCGCAGCCACCGAAUGUCAUCGUGGUUCCAUUCGGCAAGAGUGCAGGCGCGUCGUACUUGAUGUUCUUUUCGCUUGGCGAGUGGGUGACCAGCUUCAUCAAGGGCAAGACGCUGUUCGUGGACAAGUUCGUCAAGAUGUUCAAGUAG